CUUGCAGCUCAACUUAAGCGGGAGGAGAAGAGGUCCACCUAGAAGGAACUUUGGUUUCAGAAGAUCCGUCCUUGCCCAUUUCUCUGCCAUGGCCCAACAGUUCCUCUUCCUCCUCUCCCUCCUCACCUACUUCACUGGUGCCUGGGGCCAGUUCACCAUGACUCAGCCACCUUCUCUGUCGGAAUCCCCUGGAGGAACAGUCAGGAUCACCUGUACCAGGGCAGGGGGUAGCAUUUCUGAGUAUUAUGUGAGCUGGUAUCAGCAGAAACCUGGCACUAAACCAGUACUAGUGAUCUAUGAAGAUACUGAGAGACCUUCUGGAAUCCCUGAGCGAUUUUCUGCUUCUGUCGAUUCUUCCUCCAAUUCGGCCACCUUGUCCAUCUCCAAUGUCCAACCAGAAGACGAGGCUGACUAUUACUGUUUGUCUUAUGAUGGCAAUGAUCA